AUGUUUAUGCCGCCUGUUUGGGCUCUCCUCGGUCAGCACGACCCUUCGCGCGGCCGGGUGUCUCUCUUCCGCGUGAUCACCGACAGCCAGCGCUGCGAGGACCUGGCCCUCGUUCGCGCCAUCAAGGCCCUCGUCUGCAAGCACCUCGUCGCCAACGCCCACAACGAGGACCUCAACUGCGGCAUAUCCUACGAGACGCUCGCCAUCUGCGAGGGGUACGACGGCGUGGAGGACUACUGCCGGCGCGUGGUGACGCCCCUGGGCGAGGACGCCCGAAGCCUGGUGCCGAAGGCGAUCCCGGAGGCGCUCGGCGCGGACCUCCGGGUGGUGCUACUGGACAGGCAGGGCGCGCUGAGCAUCGAGGAUUACCCCCUUGGGUGCCAG